AUGUCAUGGCUUUCAAAAGUCACGGACAUGGCCGGCCGAGCCGAGGAGAUGUUGAACCGACUGGACCAGAGCGCUGGUGAGGUAAUUCAAAACACCGUGGAGAAAGCUCGCUCUUCGUCCCGCUCGACCAGUUAUCAACGCCUCGAUCAUGAUGUCUCGAUUCCGAUUACCGAAGAGACUGGUCUGCCAAUGCCUUCUCAAACUCACUCCGAAUAUGUUACAAAGACAAGGAAGCCAAACAGCUCCCGACCAAGCACCUCAAACAUUGAACAGAAUGAGUUCAUCACCAUGCUUGCCGACGAGCCCGGCCAUCGCUCAAAAAGUCAUGGAGCUCCCAGCAGUCAUCACGACGCUUUCCCUCGCGAGACUGCACAACACGUGUUACAAGAGGAGAAAAGCUUCAAGGGCUCGAAUCAAUCGAUUGAUUCCAUUGCCGCCUCGGAGGCUCCAGACACCUCGGCGAUGCGCGGCCAGUUGUUGGCUAAGGAUUCGCAGAUUGCGAUGCUUCGGAAUAAGCUGACGGAAGUCGAGCGCAAGCUGGAGAAGAAAAACGAGGAGCUAUGGGAUAUGAAGCAUGAGAAGGAGAGUCUGGAGACGGAAGCCGCAAAGCGACGCACUGAGCCGAAUGAGGGUAUGGAGGAGCUGCGACUGGCCCGCCAGAAGGCCGUUGAUGCUCGCGAGUCGGUUGUUGCCGAGAGUAGCCAGCUUCGUAAACGUCUGAUCGCGAUCGAGGAGGAUAAUAGCACGUUGCAAGACCAGCUUCGUCUCGCGAAAUUCAACUUGGCUGAGAACAAGCGGGAGUUUGACGAAUACAAGGACAAGGCCGCAAAGAUUUUGUUUGCUAAAGAGAAGCUCGUCGACUCGCUGAAGCAAGGGACGGGCGGCCUCACUGCUACAAAUGUCACGCCCGCUGAGCUCGAGGAAUUGAAGGUGGAGAGGGACAUGGCAAGGGCCGACCUGGAAAGUUGCCAGUUGCAGCUGUAUAACUUGCGUAGUGAAAUGGACGAACAGGAAACGAGGACCAGGGAGCAACAACGCGAGUUGUCGGACGAAAGGCGCUCUCUAACCGAAGAACGAUCGCAAUGGAACAUCACCCUUCAGAUGCUCAACGAAAAGCUGGAAUGUGCCAAGGUCGAGCACGAGUUCACCAAGGCUGAACUCCGUCGCCAGGAGCUGGAGUUCCAGAAAACGCUGGAGGAAAAGGAGAAGGAGCUCCGCCGUACGGUUGAGGAGGCGCGGCAGCGGAAGCGUGAAGAAGAGUACCGGGUUCACCAAGGGCCUGGUGACAUGGCGUCUGCGGAGAAGCUGCUCCAGAAACAGUCUGAACUAGAGCAGUUGCACCGCGAUAAUCAAGUCCUCACCCUUCGUCUGGAGCGACUUCAGAAAAACAGCCAAGAAGUCUCUGUCCCGAUAAACGACCCGAUCCAGCCGGCUUUCCGCGGCUCGCUCCAAGUUCAAAACGCUCAUGCCAGAACGGCCGUCAACGCUGUUGACUCUGUCUGCUACAAAUUCGUGAGCGUGAUCCGCGGAUCACCAACCACCCGACUGGCUUCUGCCAUCUACUUUGUGGUGCUGCACUUCUGGCUCUUCUUCAUCAUAAUGACCUACACCCCCGAGGCCCACGACUCGGCCUCGUUCCCGGCUGCCGAGCAACAUCCCACAACA